AUGCAGCUUACUACCUUUCUUGGCGCAACCUCCGCCCUCGUCGCAUCCGCCUCGGCAACGGCGAGAAAUGCCGUCGCCCUGAAUGACGCGUGCGAUCUGAGCAUCCCUCACGCUCGCGUCAUCAACCGCUGCGAAUACGAUGUUUAUCUGUGGUCCGUCUUCAAGGGUGACGGCUGUCCUGAAGACCAGAUGGUGGUGCUCAAGACGGGCGAGAGUUAUGCCGAGAACUACCAGAACUUCACCCAGAACAACGUCGGUAUCUCGAUCAAGAUUUCCAAGACGAACCAGUGCAAGGAUGGCUCCCUCACUCAGCUCGAGUACUACCGCGCGUGGGACAACCCGCAGCCGCAGUUCCGAUACAACUACCUCGACGUUUCCUACGUCGACUGUGAGCAAAAAGACUGCCCGACCAGACAGGACGGUUACUACCUCGUUGCCGUCCAUGCUCGCGUUGAGCUCGCACGUCUUGGUCUGAACGUCGUCUGGAAGAACGUAGGACAUGCUGUCGCAAGAAGCCAUGUCGGAGCACGAGAGGAUCGGGCACCAAGUGUUGGCAGCAGAUGCCCCAGCUCUUCUCCAAGCCCUUCGCCUAUCCCCUCGCAGCCACAAGCUUCUCCUUCGCCUUCGCCUUCGCCUUCGCCUUCGCCUUCGCCUUCGCCUUCGCCUUCGCCUUCGCCUUCUUCCAGUCCCGCGGGCGACAAGGACGCUUACGCCGCCAAUGUUCCUGCAUCCUCGCCGUCGCCUUCGCCGUCGCCAACUCCCUCUCCAUCGCCCUCCGACAUACUCAUCAAGACCGAGAUCGUUUACGUUACCCAGUACGUCAACGCUAAGAGGCAUGCUCACGACCACGUUCGCCGUCACCAGGCCUUCAACGCAUAA